ACAACAACUGAUAAAAAAAAAUUCGAAAAUUUUUAGAAGAAAAUGGAAAAAUGUACUUAAAAAUGUGAAAUAUUUCGUCUAUCUUCAAGUUGUAGAACAAAAUCAUCAUGGAAGAAAUGGAAAUGGAUAACGAAUUAGCUCUAAAAUUAGUCAAACAUGGAGGAACAUUCAUUUUUCUAAACGUACCAGUAGGAAUAGAAUUCGGCAUCGAUAUGAAAUCAUGGACCACCGGAGAUAAAUUCAAAGGCGUUAAAAUGAUACCACCGGGACCUCACUUCAUUUUUUACAAUAUGAAAGAUAAGUAUGGGAAUGAAGCACCUAGAUCUGGAUUUUUUCAUUAUUUCAACGAAUCCGAAGUUUUAGUGAAGAAAUGGGAUACAGAAGCUGAAGAUAUUAGCACAGAAGAAACGGAUAAUUUCCAGUGCAAUCUAAUAGAAUUCGAUCAAUUCUUAGGACCAUAUCCGUUCGAUAUUUGGAAAAAAUGGAAACCUUUAUCAAAACACAUCUCCGAACGAGUAAUCCAAAAACUAACGCCGCAAUGUAAAUUAAUCAAAUCAGCCAUGGAUUUCAUUCCUGUAGAAAAAAAAGAUAAUUUUGGUACGAAAAAAAGAUGGAGUAAAGGUAAAACAGAGGAGGAACGUCAAGAAGAUCUAUUACCAGAAUUAGUUCCAGUCUCAGAGAUGAGAAUAAGAUUUACAGAUAUGCCAGAUCGUCGUUAUCCUAAAGGAGCUAGUCCUGCAGAAAUCACGUCUCAUUAUCUCGAUUCUACUUACGCUUUGAAUAAAAUGCUAUCAUCGUGUAACAGUCCUGUGGAAUUCGUAGGAGAAAUCCAAUUCGCUUUCGUCUGUUUCCUACUCGGUUUGAAUUUAGAAGCGUUAGAACAAUGGAAAAAAUUAAUUCAACUUUUAUGCUGCUGCGAAAAAGCCAUGAUUCGUUACACAAACAUGUACUCAGAACUGAUCACCUGCUUAGAAGUACAUCUCGAAGAAAUCCCCGAAGAUUUUCUCGUCGAUAUCGUAGCCAAUAAUAAUGUUAUUUAUAAAAGCCUGAGAGAAUUGUUCGCUACUCUGCGUACAUUGAAAAAUCAUGUAGACGGUUCCCUGUUCUGUAAAGCUGACAGAUUUAAACAAAAGUUAACGACGAAAUUCGGCUGGGAUUUUACUAAUCUCGAACAAGAAGAAGAUGAUGAAGCACCUGUUGUCGUUGAGCUAUGAUUUUAUUAUGCAAAUUUCGACUCGCGUCGUUACGAUACGCCGCACUGGCUGCGAUAGCUUGAGUUAUGUGACGUAGGUGGUAUUUUGAAUACAAAUUUUUAAAUAUCAAAUUCAAAAUACGACGUUUAAACGUCAGUUCGGGUGAAUGAUUUACGUACAGCGUGUACGAAUAUUUACGUUUAUUAUAGAAAUGAAGAAUAUACCGUAUUUUUUUUUAUAUCAUUUUGUUUAUAUGAUUGUGUUUCUAAUAUACGUUUUAAAAUAUUA